CCAAAAAUGAAAAAGCUUCCCCUUCCUCUUUAUUUUCGCUCGGUUAUACUCCCUCUCUCUAAAACAAACCUUGAUGGCUACUUCUCUCUCUACAAUCUAUCGUCUUAAUUCCCAAACAUUCUACCGUCAAAUCCCCAAUUAAAACUUCCGAUUCCAUAAACCCUAACCCUGAUUUCUCGUCCAUUCCUUCAAAUUUCCCCAAUUUCAAAACUCUCUUUUACUUGAAAUUAAGAAAAUCUAAAAAACUUCUACUUCUUUUUGUGAUUUAAGUGUAUAUGGCUCGUGGCGAUUCCUCUGCGGCUUCACUAGCUCCUGGGUUUCGAUUUCACCCAACUGAUGAAGAGCUUGUUAGGUAUUAUCUUAAGCGAAAGGUUACCAAUAAACCCUUUCGAUUUGACGCUAUCGCUGUCGUUGAUAUCUAUAAAACUGAGCCGUGGGAUCUUCCAGAUAAGUCGAAGUUGAAGACUAGGGAUUUAGAGUGGUACUUUUUUAGUAUGUUGGAUAAGAAGUAUGGCAAUGGGUCAAAGACGAAUCGAGCUACUGAGAAAGGAUACUGGAAGACAACUGGGAAGGACCGUCCUGUUCGUUGGAACUCACGAAAUGUAGGGAUGAAGAAGACCCUUGUUUACCAUCUUGGACGGGCUCCUCGUGGUGAGCGAACCAAUUGGGUAAUGCAUGAGUACCGCUUAACUGAUGAAGAUUUGGAGAAAGCUGGUAUUGUUCAGGAUGCAUUUGUCCUUUGUAGGAUUUUCCAAAAAAGUGGAACUGGGCCGAAGAAUGGAGAGCAGUAUGGAGCACCGUUUGUUGAGGAGGAGUGGGAUAACGAUGAUGAGGUGGUCCUAUUACCCGGUGAAGAGAUGGUGAUGACUGAUGAACUGGUGCUUGGUGAUGAUGCGUAUGGGGAGACGAAUGACCUUGACCAGAAUUUUGAUGUUGCAGUUGUAUCUGAUAAUGCUGCCCUUCCUGUGAACUUCUACCAUGGGGAAACAAGCAACUAUGUAGAGCAAUCUGGAAACAGUAGUGGAGAUGAUAAGAAACCUGUAAUUGACAGGGGGGGUGCUCAGUAUUGCUCCGAUCUGCCUGAUGACAAAGUCCUGUUUAGUUUCCCUGAGCAAUAUGAGAUUGAUGCAAAAUCAGUAAGACAUGAAUAUAUUGCUGAAUCAAGCAACAAUGUGGAUGCUACUGAUGACAAUUACUUGCUUGAUGAGCCAUUCUUGGAUGCUACUGACAAUCCUCCAUUCAAUGAAGGACUAUUCCUGGAAGCUAAUGAUCUUUCAAAUCCUGUGGAACCAGAGACUGCUGGAGAUUCGACCAUCUUUGAGAUGGUUGAUGAGUACCUUAAUUUCUUUGAUGCUAAUGAUGACAACCUGACUUUUGAUCCUUCUGAAAUUCUGGGAAGCGAAAAUAUUGUUUCUGACGGAGCUUCUUUAUCUGAGAAGAAUGUGAAUGGAGGAACUGAGGAAGUGCCCAUAGCAAACCAACAAUUAUUUGAAGCACAUAAUGACACUGAUGCAUCACCCUCAAAUGUACAAAAACCAGAACCGACAAAGUUGGAGUCAGAUAUCAAAUAUCCAUUUAUGAAGCAGGCCAGUCACAUGUUGGGCAGCAUUCCUGCACCUCCUGCAUUUGCUUCUGAGUUCCCUCUCAAGGGCACAGCUCUACAGUUAAAUGGAGCACCUUCAUCCAGCUCAAUUCGUGUUACUGCUGGCAUGAUAAGAAUCGAAAGUAUUACAUUUGGAAGCGAUGGGAUGGACUGGUCAUUUGGCAAAAAUGGAAAUGUCAAUAUUGUCCUCUCUUUUGUGAUGUCUCAAGGCAAUGUUAGUCCAGCCGGUUCAGCUCCAGCUGGGAACUCAUUCUCGGGGAAGACAUGGUCUUUGGUGUCACGGGGCUGGUUCUUCUUGAUGUUCUUUUGGGUCCUAAUUCUUUCAGUCAGUUAUAAAAUUGGGACCUAUAUUUCUACUAAGUAAUGUGUGGUCAAAUUAAAUUGGCCAUGACACCUGAAAACCGUUACAUGGGUUGAAUUUUCUUUGGGGUUUGAUCAGUCUUUGAUCCCCAUUAUAGGUUAGGAGAGUAAGAUGUUAUAGAUUCUUUAUUAAUGUUAACUGCGAUAGUUUGGUACGUUGUGACCUACAUUGGUUCAUUGUAAUUUUACAAAACCGCACACUGAAGUAGGUUGGAGGUUAGAUUUUGUCUGCUUAUAUGUAUAAACAGCAUUUAACUGUUGAAGAUAAUGCGCUUACCUUAGUAGUA